AUGACUAUUUUCACGAUAUCUCAAACUACACGUCACUUUUAUCUUAAUUAUCAUCAUUCGGGCUCUAAUUCUCUAUGGAUUCAUUCAGAAUUUAUGAGAAAUCUUCAAUUUGGAUUACGAGAAGUAAUAUGUUUUUUAAGCAUCAGCUUUCUCGCUUACGGAACACGUCUCGCUGACAAUCUUUCACUUGAAUAUUUUCUGCCAAUUAUAAGUAUUCUAUGUUUACAAGAAACAUUUGGAUCGACAUUAUCUUAUUCUUAUAAAAUAACGUUAACUAUAACACCUCUUGCAAUAUUUUUAUUUGUCGUACAAAAAAUGGGUCUUGAUUAUCAUGGCCAUUUUGUCAGUGAACUUGUAAUGUUAUUAUUUACAUCUUUUUGUAUUUCAUACGGUUGUACUCAGAUUCAAACUAAGAAACUUUCUUUACUUUAUAAUGCACUUUAUUUUGCGUCGCAUGUUUACGGACGUGCAGAUACAUCAAUACUAUCGUUUGAAUUACUUGGAAUUUAUAUUCUUGGAAUGUCCAUGGCUUCACUCAUAUCCUUUACUAUCUUUCCUAUAUUUGCUACUUUUGAUAUUGAAAACCGUUUCAAUUAUUCUCUAUUAAAACUUCAACAAAUGCACACAUUAAUCAUUCGCGGAUUUUUAUGUCAUGAUAAAACAAGUGCUCAUAUGUUCCUUACUCGAGCAUCUAUGUUAGAAAAUUUGGUUAAUAAAGCAUUGGAUCCUCUUCAAAACAGAAUUGAUGAAGCUCGUUUUGAACCAACCGAAUAUUUAAAACGAAGAUUCAAUCGUAAACGCAGAGAUAUUAUUGAUUUAACACUACAGGAACAACAAAAUUUCAUUACGUCAUUGAUGGUUCAUGUAUGUUCACUUCAAUUGAUGGUUAAACAUUGUGUAUUUAAUGAUUAUCAUAGAGACUUUACCAAUGAACUUGAGUCAAGUCUUUUACAUCUUGGUUCAUGUCAAUCGACUUUUAUUUCAAGUCUUACUGCAUCGUCCUCUGUCAGUCAAGAUGAAUUCACUCGUCAAACCAUCAAUCUGGAAGAAGCUUUUAGAUCAAUUCGUUCGGCUUAUGUUUUAGCUCGACUGCAACAAAUUGAACACGUACUUGAAUCUGCAGCAACAAUACAAUAUGCAGAUCAUAUAUCGCAUGAGUUUUUUCUUUUUGAACUUGGUGCUAUUGUACGAAUUUUAACAUUUGGAAUGAGAAGAAAAAUUUUGAAAAACAAUUGUCCAAAAAUUCACGAAUCGAAAAAAUUUGAUGUAAAAGUACUAUUUAAAUUAGAUUGGCCUCGUCUAUCGUCAGCUUUAAAAAGUACAAUAAUCAUUGGAGUUGGUGCCAUCUUCGUUCUAGAAACUCAUCUAGCAAAAGCAUUUGAAAAUGGACAAUGGAUUUUAUUUACUCUUUGUGUGACACUCAGUGAUACAGUUGGUGGCGCAUUUACAACAAUGAAAAUGAGACUUAUGGGAACAUUAUUAGGUUCAAUAUGGGCAUAUGUAACAUAUUUAGUAGUUCAUGAUAAUGUAUAUCAAACGAUAGGAAUGUUAGCUCCAUGGAUAUUUAUUUUUGGCUAUUUAAAACUUUUACCUAAUUGGGGUUACACUGCUACUGUAGCUGCUUUUACACCCGUCUUAAUCACUUUGGGUCGAUUACCUUUUGGAAAUCUACGACCGUUGCCUGUUAGCAAUUUUGCACUUACUCGAAUUGAAGAAAGUUUUGUAGGCAUUACAAUCGCUGCCGUUCUUACUCUUCUUAUUUUUCCAAUAUUCGCUAUUGAUUCAUUAAAAGAUAAUAUAGAAAGCACACUGACAAUGUGUCGAGAAAGUAUUAUAUCGAUUCAUUCCGUAUAUGAUAAUCUAUUUCAUCAUGAUCAAGCCAAUCAAUCUUGCGUUCAUGUUGGAUUAGAAGAGAAAGAACCUCAAUCAUUUACAAAUGAUCAAAGAAAUAUUUUUCAUCGUUUAGCUAAUCUACAACGAAUUCUGAUCGAACAUGCAGCACUUGAACCAGUCUUAUGGUGUAUUAAUAAUGGUUUCUCAACAAAACUGUACAACAUGCUCGCUCAACAACAAAUAAAUACAUAUAGAAUGUUACACAGUAUAGAUGGAGCAUUAAUGCGAUCGAAUGAGCAUUCAAAAACUAUCCGAAACCUUCAAAUAAAUGCUGCUGGAGGAAAUUUUCUUCCAAAUUUUCGCACAGAAUUGACUGACUUAAGCAAGCAGUUAAUUAGUUGUUUUCAUGUAUGGAUAUCCUAUUUCAAUUUGUCACAAACAAAUUCUUAUCAGCUAUUUCGUCAAUGUAAUGCUUCACGCAGAAAAAUCAUUGAAAAUGAUUUUAAAAGACACGAGCAAUGUUUGAUUGAACUACAUCAGUCAGUUAAUCGACUAGAAGCACGAUAUCAAGAAGGACUCAAUCGAUUAGUGCAAUACUAUCUUGAUUGUUUACUUGAAGGUGAACUAUGUUCUGCAUUUGUACCUUAUGCGAAUAAUAAUGAAGCAGAUUUGAUCUUUAUCGCUUAUCAUGCUAUGCAUUAUUCAAUAACUCAGUUGGCUCAAAGUGCAUUAACAUUGGGUCAAACUGUUCAUACUAUUUUUGAACUUGAAACAACGCCUCUUUAUCGGUCAUUUUAA